GGCCGUAAUAAGUUCUCAGCUUCAAGCUCCGCCAUUUUAAAGAAUCCCAGUUCCACUGAAAACAACACCCUUUUUUUUGUGUAUAUUUAAUGAGAGCUGAAAUGGAGGAAAGGGAAGGGAGAUCUUUGUCGGAAACGCCGACGUGGGCUUUCGCCACCGUCAUCUCCGCUCUGGUCUGCGUCGGGUUCUUGAUUCACGGCGGGUUGAAGAAGUGUGGAAAGUGGCUGGACAGAACAAAAAGGAAACCGCUUCUUGCCGCAUUGGAGAAAAUCAAAGAAGAGUUGAUGGUUUUUGGUCUUCUUUCAUUGCUAAUGGGGCACUGGAUAACUUUUGUUGCCAAGAUUUGCGUCAAGUCAUCAGCUUUAACCAGCCGCUUUUAUCCAUGCUCUAGAUGGGAUAUAAAGGAGGAGGCUGCCAUUGUAAAUCACACUGUUUUCAUGAGGUUUACUCAUUUGAAUGUCUCGGUUUCAAGGGAGUUGAUGGAGAAUGCCCAAAAUCAUCAGUUCUGUCCACCGGGCCAUGAAUCUUUUGCUUCAAAAGAGAGUCUUGAGCAGCUUCAUAGAUUCUUGUUUGUUUUAGGUAUUACCCACGUGUCAUUCAGCUUCGUUGCUGUCGCCCUAGCUAUGAUCAAGAUCUCUAGUUGGAGAAGGUGGGAAAACCAUGCUAAGUCUAUGGUUCUUCAAGGACUAGAAGGUUCCCGUUCCUCGGAGGCUGCCUCGUACAACACAAAAAUGAGGCGACUGUCUACUUUCAUCUUUCACCACACCUCACAUCCAUGGAGCCAGCACAAAGUUCUUGUUUGGCUGCUUUGUUUCAGCCGCCAGUUCUGGAGCUCUAUAAACCAAGCUGACUAUAUGGCGUUACGCUUGGGUUUCAUUACUACUCAUCAACUGCCCCUGAUGUAUGAUUUUCACAAGUAUAUGCUUCGAAGCAUGGAGGCAGAAUUCCGUGAUAUAGUUGGCAUCGGUGUCCACCUCUGGAUUUUUGCCAUCUCAUGUGUUCUUCUAAGUUUUCAUGGAACAAAUGUCUAUUUCUGGAUUUCCUUCUUACCAACAAUUUUGCUCCUCCUGGUUGGUACCAAGCUGCAUCGCAUUGUGGUUAAGCUAGCGGUUGAAAUCAGAGACGAAACUUCGUUGGAAGGUUUUCAUCAUUUCAAUCUUCGGGACGAGCUUUUCUGGUUCGGGAGGCCUAGAUUUCUGCUGCUGUUAAUCCAGUUUAUAUCAUUCCAGAAUGCAUUUGAAGUGGCGGUAUAUCUAUGGUCACUGUGGGAAAUCAAAGGAGCAUCAUGCUUCACGCGAAACCAUAGCUUUCUUGUGAUUCGAUUGGCAAUCGGGGUUGCUUCUCAGAUUUGGUGUAGCUUCAUCACUUUCCCGCUCUACGUUAUAGUUGCUCAGAUGGGUUCAGAGUACAAGAAAGCAAUAAUCUCGGAGAGUGUUAAGAAAUCGUUGCACCGAUGGCGAUGCCGGGUUAAGGCAGGCAGGCAAGAAAGCUCUUCAACCUCUUCUUUUCAUCAUAGAGCUUUGACAUCAACCACAUCCUUGAAUUCCGUGCCGGACUUCGUAGAUCAGGCUCACAACACUGUGCCAGGCACCAUAGAAGAGGCCUCUGCAAGGCAAGAAGAUGUGAAGGUCUCAGUUCAAGAAGGGUCUUUGAAACAUGGUGAAACAGAUGAAAUCUCAGAAUGUGAUGACAAGAACCAGGUUCCUGUUUGUCCAAAAUAUGGGAGUCCUGCCACUGAUGAUGAGGAAAAAGGCAGCCUAUGAGUCUGUCUUGCAGUUCAUGGACAACCUUAAACUCCAUAUAUUGUCUGGUCUGAGGUUCAAAUGUAUGUUCAAAAGAACUUUGUUGACAAAACAGUACAUGCAAGUAACCAAAGUUAUAGUUUUUGCAUA